GGGGGAGAGGAAAAAGUUCGCUAGGAGAGGCAGGACUACUUUUGGGAGCCCUGCAGUUUCACUUUUAUGCCUCCAACAUACUUUCCUUCCAGUUUCUUUGCAUCUAGCAAUAUUGUUAUUGAAAAUAACCCGACUUUUUAAUUCUGAAACAACCAUGGAGCUGCUUUGCCUUGAAAGGGACACAGUCAUAAGAGCUCGUCCUGAUCCGAAUCUUCUGUGCAAUGACAGGGUAUUGCAAAGCCUGCUGAACAUUGAAGAAAGAUUUAUUCCUCAAUGUUCUUAUUUCAAGUGCGUUCAAAAAGAUAUUCAGCCGUUUAUGAGGAGGAUGGUUGCGACUUGGAUGCUGGAGGUUUGUGAAGAACAGAAGUGUGAGGAAGAGGUUUUUCCCUUGGCUAUGAACUACUUGGACAGAUUUUUAGCCGUGUUUCCAACCAAAAAGUGUUAUCUGCAACUUCUCGGGGCAGUUUGCAUGUUCCUUGCAUCCAAAUUGAAAGAAACCCGUCCAUUAACUGCAGAAAAACUCUGCAUCUACACAGAUAACUCCAUCAGACCACAGGAGCUGCUGGAUUGGGAGCUGGUGGUUCUUGGGAAGUUGAAGUGGAACCUGGCAGCUGUCACCCCGAAUGACUUCAUUGAGCACAUUGUGAGGAAGCUUCCGCUGCCCGAGGAGAAGCUGGUGCUGAUACGCAAACACGUGCAGACCUUCAUCGCACUCUGUGCCACAGAUUUCAACUUUGCCAUGUACCCUCCAUCCAUGAUCGCCACGGGCAGUGUGGGAGCAGCUAUCUGCGGCCUCCAGUUGGACUCGGGUGACCAGUCGCAGUGGGGGGACAGUCUCACGGACCUACUGGCCAAAAUCACUAACACAGAAGUAGACUGUUUGAAGGAGUGCCAGGAGCAGAUCGAGAGGGUCUUGGUGAGCAGCCUGCGUGAGGGACGUCAGCAGCACCACCAGCAGCAGCAGGUCCAGCACGGUCCCAGCAGCAAGACUGUGGAGGAGCAGGAUCAGUCCACCACCCCAACAGACGUCCGCGACAUCAACAUAUACCCGGAAUAAGAAUCAAAUCGACAUAAGAGAAAUGACAACU